AGAUGUAAACACAUUCGUGCGAUUGGUUUCAUAAAUGAAGGACGUAUCUUUAAGUAAACAAAUUUCUUAAUUUGCAAUCAUAUUGUAAUAUAUUUACAGCUAAUACAUUUAGGGCAGACGCAGAAUGAUUUUUGUGGUUGUAUUCGUUCUUGCCAUACGGAUUCAGUUUGUUGGAGCUCAGUGUAAAGUUGACGAAAUACAACUAAAGGAAGACUUCAAUCCUUACCAUUACGAGGGAAAGUGGUACCUGAUAUCGAUGACGAGAUUAUGGGGGAUAGACUUUUCCCCUCGGAAUUUCACUAACUCUACGGGACGUACAAGUUGGGGCGACAAUGCAAAUAAAUUCUUCGGUCGUUGGACACGAAAAAAUAAUGGCUCUAGUUCUUGGGGGAAUUGGAGAAGAAGGGGUGAAAACGGAACAACCCCGAGAGAUGUUACACGAAGUCCCGGAGGAAUGGGAGGUCAAAAUCCGUGGAGAACUGGGGGUAGGGGGAAAUCUCGAGGAGGUGGUUGGUCGGCAAUGCAACAAGGAGAACCGUCCACUAAUCCAACGUCCGGAUAUCCUAAAGAGUCGAUUAAUGGCGAGGGAUGGUUGAGGAAAUCCGACGGAACAUCAUCUCCUAAUGGAAGUCCAGCGGACAGAACAAUGAGACAUCCUGGGGGGAGGAGAGGUCCCCCUUCAUCAGACGGUGGGCAACACAGCGGCAGGUCCGGGGGCUCGGGAGGUGCGGAUUUCAGGAACGGUUCACAACGAGGAGACUGGUCCGAGAGAUCUGAGGGUUCUCCGUCAACUCAACCUGGACGGCGACAAAGGGGUUGGUCAAGUCCGAGAUCGGUAAUGUCUAAACGCUUCAAAGAGAUAUUCAAUCCCAAAAAUUUCCAAAUGGAGACAUCUGUUCGAGAAGACAACAACAUUGACAUGUUCAUUGUUGCUGAAUUCUUCGGACGCUGCAUAUUCACCAAGGGACAGGGAUCAAUUGUCAACCCCCGGAAUACGGCGAAGUUGGAAGUUAAUUUUCCAGUUCGGUGGUUCUUGCCUUGUCAGCCAUUUUGGAUCGUUGAUACCGAUUAUGUCGGAUACUCUGUUGUGUACUUUUGUCUAGAGGUCCUUGAUGACGGCACGUGCGACCCAGAUUCAGUGACUGUGUGGACAUUCAACCGGAAGAUGACAGGACAUACUAAACAAGAAAUGGACAAGGUGAGAACAGUUAUGAAAAAUCUAUGUGUCAACGAAUCAGAUUUGACCGUCAUGAGCCAAACAGAGUAUUGUCCAAUUGAAGAUGAAAAUGUUCAAAAUCAGAGAAAUUCUAAACCAACAAUACACUGCAAUAAUGCAGAUCAGCGAACUCUUCGGAUCACUCUAGAUUCUCCUUACGAUACCAUGUCUCCCGGUAACAAUGCGGCUUCAAGCCGUUCAUUUUCACCGAAAGUGUUUCCAACUGCAGGAUUGACCUUCAUUUCUCUGCUGGUGGGUUUCUUUUUGUGCAGAUCGAAAUCAAUUAUAUUGAGAUAAUUGGUCGUUGUAUAUAAGUCAUGUUACUUGUCCAAAUAGUAUAUCUUAUGGUAUUCGAUUUCGAUUGAAAUAUUCUAUCGGUUUAUAUACGCUUCAUAUACUUUGUGAAAUUAAACUGAUUAUACAGUCGUGUUAAUAUAACAAAAGUCAAAUAAUGCUGGUUAAAACAUGUAUAUGUUCAAUGAUGAUUUGUAAAUAUACCGAACAAUGUUGAAGUGCUUCCUAUUAAAAUUGAAAUUGUAAUUACAUAUUAAAGCGACUGUAACUGUAAAAAUCACUUGGGAAAUGCUAUCUGGCGUUAUAAUUUUAAAUGAUAUAUCAUAAAGCUAAGACUUCCCCUUAAUUAAUAAUUUAGAUAAAGCCGCAAAUGUGUAUUUCAAAUGCCUAAACCAAUGAAAAACGAGAACAUCACAAUUCGGUAUAAAGGUAUGCAAUAAUGUACAUGUAACCGCCUGUACCUGUGACAGACUGCGCAGACUCGUAACUCGCACCUUGUAAAUCCACGUAAACAUAAACAUAAUGCGGAGUCUGAUAUCGCUAUAUAUUAAACCAAGUUGACUUUUUAUAACGAGGAAUCGCCGUUAAUGAGAAUACAAUCUACAGUUAUAGUCGCUUUAAUAGACUAUAUCUUUUGUAUCACAUAUUUGGUUUCAUGAAAUGAUAUGAUUCUUGAAAUCCACGAGAGGAGGUAUUAUCCACGGUCUGUGGAGAUACUAAGUCCAAGAGACGGCUAGUGAAACUGACCUGAAUACAUAAAAAUCAAAAUGCAUUACAUAAACUAAUCUUAUACAUUCAUUUAUUCAUUUAUUUUAUCGGGAAUUGUAAAUAUAUCAUUUAUUUUAUUUUUUUUUUAAUUAAUUUUUAAUUCGUUUUAUUUUAUUAUUUUAUAAACAUCUAGUUAAAAUGUUGUGUUUUUGUGUAGAUAAUGCAAUCAGCGACUAUAAAACUAAAUUCAUAAAUUUAUCAAUAGGGUAGAUAAUUGAACUUUUAACGAUUUGAUAAAGACAGCUAACUGGUAAGACUUAAUUAACAAUACACCUUCUCUUGACUAUGCCGUAGAAAAGUUAACAACAAAAUAUCUGUCACUAUCUAGUACGUGUAUCCCAACUUUUGAAAUAACAGUUUGUCCCUCCGAUAAACCUUGGUUUGUACUGUAUUAGCAAAGCUCUAAAGUCAUAGCGCUCUGAGGAUUGGUCCAAAUUUAAGAGCACGAGAAACAAAGUUGAUUAUAUGAAAAAGAAAGCAAAGUCUGACUUUUUCAGUAAUCUUGAAUUCCGUGCCAAAAAAGCGAAAAACGAAAAUCCACGCGAAUUCGGGAAAAUUUAUUUUAUUUUUUAUUUAUUUAUUGAUCUAUUUUCUCAUCUCCUGCAAGAUCUAUAUUCCUUCCCUAGAUUGCUCCUUGAAUGGUUGUUCAAAAGUGGCAUACAGUGAUUAAAAAAGACGAAUUUUGAAUGAUUAAAAUUCACUUCGAUUUCGUGUAUACUGACGAAUCCAAUGUCACUAUCUGAUCUCCAUAGAAAGUGGCCAAUCCCUCUUAAUAAUGCUGUACAUGAACAUGAAGUUUUCGAUAUUCUAUCUAUUAUUAAAAUCUAUAUUCCUAAUAUUCCUUAUACAUCCUAAUAAAAUUCUAUCUACAUUAAAAAUGGGACUUGGCCCUGAUAAGAUCAGUCGCCGUAUGUUAAAAACUACAGACAGUAUGAUUCACAGUAUCUUACUAUGUUAUUCAAUAGGCCUGUCGGAGAAGCCUUCUGAAUGGAAAAAAGCUCAGGUCUCGCGCGAGUCCCUAGAGAAGGGGAUAGCAGACACUAUUUUUUUUUUAUAUAAAUAUAUAUAAUAUUCACAAUAAGCGUGCCCCGGUUAACCUACGAAAAAAGUGACCCACAAACUAGAGGUGAUUUAAACAAGCAGUUUAGAAACCCGGUUAAUUCUCAAAAAUCUCGUAGUCGUCUGGUCAUUACGCACAAUCUUUUGUUCCCUCGUCUUUCCAUUUAUGGAAUAAUAUAGAUAUCGAAAUUUAAUCUAGUAUUUCUUUUCAGACUUUUAAGAAUAACACUUCUAGUGUACCCGAUUAUUUGCAUACAACCAAUCGCUAUCUCUCUUAUACUACGUGACCUGAUAAUUAUAAAUUUGUCAGUCUCCUAUUUGUUUGUGUGGUGACUGUGUUGAAGAGGCAUACCACUAUCUUUUUAUAUGACAGCUUAUAUGAUUUAACUGUAGAAGUCGUUUAGUGGGAACAUGGUGACAUUUACAAGUGUUUUAAUACUACCUGAAUGAACCAUUUACAAUCGACAUCGAAUUUGUAUUGUCUAUUUCCCUACCUAUCUCUCAUCUAUUCUCUCCUUAAACCAAUUUCAAGUUUGAUUUAGAUAAAAUAAAUCUGCUUUUUUUUUUCGCUACAUGUAUAUAUGAAUAAUGCAUGUCACGUGAUGUUAACUUGAUUCUAUAUAUGUAUGUUGUAUUUAUGGAGAAUAAUGCAUGUCACGUGAUGUUAACUUGAUUCUAUAUAUGUUGUAUUUAUGGAGAAUAAUGCAUGUCACGUGAUGUUAACUUGAUUCUAUAUAUGUUGUAUUUAUGGAGAAUAAUGCAUGUCACGUGAUGUUAACUUGAUUCUAUAUAUGUUGUAUUUAUGGAGAAUAAUGUAUGUCACGUGAUGUUUACUUGAUUCUAUAUAUGUUGUAUUUAUGGAGAAGGGUUCGUAAGUUGUAAGAACUUGUGUCUUAUCCGUUUGUCAUGUUGCCAAUAAAAUACAUUUAUUUAACAAAACGA